GGGGAGAUAAGGCUCACUUUUGGCUGAGGGAGGAGGCUCAGUGACUUUGGUGACUCAGGGUUUUAGAAGAAACAUUCGGUCCCAGGAGAGCAAGACCCGAGCGGGACAGGACACUCUAAAGACUGGUAAUCCAGGUCACUGGACACUGGAGCGGGUGGGGAAGUGACCAGUGGACAACAUGACAUCUAAAGGACCGUUCGAUUAUGAUAAAGACUUGGAAGGAGCCCUGGAUGCCUCGGGCUUUGACGACCCGGAGGAAACCAUAGGCAAGGAUGACCGCCAAAUCCAACAGGCGGAGAAGAGGAGGCCAAAAUUUUACAAAUACUUUAGACACUCAACAGAUUGGAGGAUCCGUGGAUCAUAUAAUCUGGAAAGGAGAAGGCAGAUGGAAGAAAAAGGGCAGGGAGGACGAUACCGAGGGAGAAAAAAUUCAUUCACUGAACCUCCUUCCCAGCACUUUCCUCCGGCGGCUCCAUCCUAUAUCCUACCCAGUCGGGGAGUAGACGAGACCUACGUGGAGCUACAGGAGUUGGUCAUGGACCAUACCAAUGAACUGCACUGGGUGGAGGCAGCCCGUUGGCUAAAGACUGAAGAAGACUUCCAGGAUGAUUUAAAGCACUGGGGGAAACCUCAGCUCUCCUAUCUCACCUUCAAUAGUCUUCUGGAACUACGUCAGACCUUAAAAAAUGGAACCGUAAUUCUUGACCUUGCUGAAAAGACUAUGCCUGGAAUUGCUAGCCAAGUCAUUGACCAGUUGAUUUAUGAAGGACAUGUCAGGCCUGAGAACAGAGAUGAAGUCCUAAGGGCCCUUCUGCUGCGUCACAGUCGCCCUGAUGAAGACGGAUCUAAAGGGGAUCCUGAAAGUGGACAACCUCUUAUACAUCAAAUAGAAAUGAAAGCUCUUUCUGAGAAGGAACCCCUCAAAGGAAAUCUGUCAGAGCGAGUACCAGAAAAUGCAGAAGCCUCUGUGGUUUUGGUGGGUAGCGCUAACUUCUUGGAGACCCCCAUACUCUGCUUUGUACGCCUGAAAGAAGCCGUCCUCAUGGAGUCAGUCAUUGAGGUUUCUUUGCCCAUCAGGUUCCUCUUCAUUAUCCUUGGACCCAAGGAUACCUACAAGAGCUACCAUGAAGUUGGAAGGGCAGUGUCCAGCAUGAUGGCUGAACGAGUCUUCCGAACUGACGUGUACUUGGCUGGUGGGCGCCAAGACAUCUUGCAAGCUCUAGAUGAGUUCUUGGAUUGUUGUAUUGUCUUACCUCCCAAUGAUACCACCAAUGAGCAAUUACUUAAAGAGCUGCUACCAGUCCAACAGAACUUACUGAGGAAGAGGUAUUCUGAAAUCAAGGUGGUGCCUGGUGGGCACAGAGAUGAAAAACCAAAAGUAGAGCCACCUGAAGAUCCUUUGCAAAGAACCCGCAAGCCAUUUGGGGGUCUUGUGCGUGACAUUAAAAGACGUUACCCAAAGUACCUCAGCGACAUCCGUGAUGCUCUUAACCCACAAUGCCUUGCCGCUGUUAUCUUCAUCUACUUUGCUGCCCUCUCUCCUGCUAUCACAUUUGGUGGUCUAAUGGCUCAGAAGACCCAAAACUGGAUGGGGGUCCCCGAACUAAUGGUCUCUACAGCCAUCCAAGGCAUUGUCUUCUGUCUCCUGGGUGCUCAGCCUUUGCUUAUUCUUGGAUUUUCUGGACCUCUCCUGGUGUUUGAAGAUGCUUUCUUUAAUUUCUGUAACUCCCAAGGCAUUGAGUACAUCGUGGCACGUGUAUGGAUUGGAUUCUGGUUGAUUCUCAUUGUCAUCAUAGUAGUGGCCUGUGAGGGCAGCUUCCUGGUCCGCUUUAUAUCCCGAUUCACCCAGGAGAUCUUCGCCUUUCUUAUCUCACUUAUCUUUAUCUAUGAGACAUUUGCCAAUUUGGCCAAGAUUUUCAUGGCGCAUCCUCUCCAGGCUCAGUACAAUGAAUCGACGGUGCACCUCGCAACUUAUCCCCAGCCGAACACGGCUCUGCUGUCUCUGGUGCUGAUGUCUGGGGCCUUCUUUAUCGCCUACUUCCUGCGCCAGUUCAAGAACAGCAGCUUCUUUCCUGGAAAGCUCCGUCGUAUCAUUGGAGACUUUGGUGUUCCCAUAGCUAUUCUCCUCAUGGUGACUGCCGACUUUUUCAUCAAGGACACAUACACAAAGAAACUUGUGCUCCCCAAAGGUAUUAGUGUCUCCCGUCCUUCAGACCGCAGUUGGUUCAUCUCACCCAUGGGCCUACAACCAGAAUCCAAUCCUUUCCCUGUCUGGAUGAUGUUUGCCUGUGUGGUCCCAGCAUUACUGGUCUUCAUCUUGAUCUUUAUGGAAUCUCAGAUUACCACGCUUAUUGUCAGCAAACCAGAAAGAAAAGCUGUGAAAGGUUCUGGAUUCCACUUGGAUCUCCUGUUGAUUGUAGGAAUGGGGGGUAUAUGUGCACUCUUUGGAAUGCCCUGGCUCAGUGCAACCACAGUCCGUACGGUCAGCCAUGCAAAUGCUCUUACUGUCAUGUCCAAGGGAGAAAAACCUCAGAUAGAGUGUGUUAUCGAGCAGCGAAUCAGCGGUCUAUUGGUGGCUGUUCUUGUAGGUGUCUCCAUAUUGAUGGAGCCAGUUCUGUCUCUCAUUCCGCUGGCCGUUUUGUUCGGUAUUUUCCUGUACAUGGGUGUCACCUCACUAAAUGGAAUACAGCUGUUUGACCGGAUCCUACUCACCUUGAAACCACCAAAGUAUCAUCCUACAGAACCCUAUGUAACACGGGUUAAGACUUGGCGUAUGCAUGUCUUCACCCUGGUGCAGGUGAUCUGCCUGGCUGUUCUGUUUAUUGUGAUGUUCACUCCUGCUUCACUUGCCCUUCCAUUCCUCCUCAUCCUCACUGUGCCAGUCCGCAAGUUCCUACUGCCUCACAUCUUCACAAACCUUGAGCUCAAAUGUCUGGAUUCAGAUGAUGCGAAUGUCAAUCUUGAAGAAGAAGAAGGUCAGGAUGUCUACAACGAAACUCAGAUGCCCAUUUAAACCAGACCUCUGACUAGGAGAACCUUUGUAAUGCUGCCAUUACAUACAGAAUUUACAAAAAUAGCCAUUUGCUAAAAGACCAUUUGUAUAACUCACAGGAUCAUGUGAUACAAGUAUUGAGAACCUCAAAUCGUUCUCCUUCCAUAGCAAUGCAAUUUAAUUUUCAACCAUGAUUUUUUUUUAUAAUGCACUAUUUUCCAAUGUGACCAAAGAAAAAAAUGAACAAAAAAAACCUUAGUCUUAGAUUUUUACAAAUUAUUUUUUUUUUUGUUUCUAUUUUCUAUUAAGACUAUUUUAUUAAAUGUACUUAUGAGAUUAAGAAAACACAGCUGCUUUCUGCAUUCUACCAGAAAAAGCUUGUGUAUUGGCCUCUUCUGAUGUGAUGUGACUGACCCAUGGAGAAGAGGUGUGCUGUUUUUUAAAAAGAGGAGCCUUGUUUUCUUUUUUAAUCUCGCCAGUCUCGUCUUAUAAUUUUACUUCACUCGUUUUUCUGCUUAUUUUUCUUUAAAGGAACACUGAGAAAAACUUAUACACUGUGUUAUGCCAAGUGCAGGCUCUGCAGGGGUGGAGCUUCACACAGAGAGGCAAAAAAUACCAAGGAUAAUCCCUGCCUCAUGCUCCACCCCCUUGGACCCUGUACAAGGUAUCACACUGUGUAUAAGUUCUGUCUGAAGUUACUUUAACACGCUUUGCUUAAAUAAUAAAAAAAUAAAAAAUAAAAUAAGGAAAAACAUCUGUAAAUAUGCUUAAAAAUAAUAUAUUAAGAUCUAAUUAGUAAUAUAUUCCCUCAAGAACAAACCUUGUUGAAUUAUGCACUGAAUAUGAGUAUUUUAUGAUCGCAAAAAAAUAUAUACAUUUUUAUUUGGACAUAUGGAAUGUGUUGAAAUCGUUGUCUUUUGUAUUAUUAUGUUUAUUAUGUGUUUUUUUGUAAGAGAAAUGUUUUUAGUGGCAAUUUGAUGCUUUGCAGAAAUGGAUAUUAUAAUAUCUGACAAAUUAUUUUAUACAAAUAAUAAAAUAUAUUACUAAA